AGAAACCUACUGCGGCGGAGAGUGACGCUGCGGAGCGAAGAGCGAAGAAAUAUCGAAUUGAUAUUGAAAAAGUGAAGGCAGGCCAGGACACACGUCGCACCGUUAUGUUGAAGAACAUUCCGAACAGUUUUACUCAGGAAUUUUUGAUCCACAUUCUUGAGAGUAUUAUUCCGGCGAGCUACGUAUUUGUCUACAUGCCUGUCGAUUUUGACACCAACUGCAACCUCGGCUUUGGCUAUGUGUCCGUUUCGGACCUCGCAAGCCUCGUGAAGCUUUAUGAAUGCAUGCAUAUGAAGAAAUGGCCGCAGACCUCCAGCAAGAAAACGUGCGAAGUGGUGUAUGCGCGCAUUCAGGGCAAUCGGGACAUGAGACGCAUUUGCAAGGACUGGACGGUGAUGCAGCUACCUGAAAAGUAUCAUCCCGUCUUCUUUAAGCGCGAAAAUGUCGUGAUCAAUGGGAAUUCCCAGGUGGUUUUGAAGAGACUGAAGUGAUCUUACCGGACCCCAACCGUAUUAUAGGAAGCAACGUUCCUUGUUUUGGGA